AUGGUCGUUGCUCAAUGGUCGAUUUUGCACCUAGUUUCUGCUUUACAUCUCUAUGAAUAUUGGUUUAAAGAAAAUGGACAAUGGCAAGCUAAAACGCAAAAACUGUCACGACUGUACAUGGAUUAUCUUACAUUGUUAGAUUCACCAAAGCACGUAUUACAAAGAAAUGGCAUUGCCAAACUAAAAACAGUCUGCGACAGUCUAACAAGCUGUUGUGCUUUUGGUGAAGCAAUAAAAAAAGAAGAAUCAAAUAAACUUUUUAUCAAACUCUUCUGUCGUGCUUUUACUCGGUUCGUUAAACCAAUAACUCAAUCAUGGUUAAUAAAGGAAAUAAAAGUCAAGAAGUUGAAAAAGUUUGCAACAAGAACGAACAAGCAAUCAACUUGCCUUUCGAAAGUACUUUUAAUGAGUAAAGCAUUUAAAAUGCAGAACAUCCGUGCCACAUUCCAAUUUCAUCAGACUUAA